AUGAGCACUUCUCAGCGUGGGGCCAGCGGGAACCCCCAUGGCUCUAAGCGGCCUCGUGUCGAGUGCCUCGUUGAAGACCCAGCGACUGGGCUCCACCGCCCGCGAGACUACAUGCAGUCUCUUGAAUCGCGAGUCGCCUAUCUAGAAUCCCUACUCCAACAAGUCCGCCCAGAUGUCGCCGUGGACCACUAUCCCUACGUACCGAGCGAUAACCCUCCCCCUCCUACCACUACUGCCGCAGGCCAACAUCACAGAGCAGGCUCUCAGGAGCCGGAGCAAGAGGUCGACGGACUUUCCAGUGACGUGGCCCUGCUCUGCCUCAGCGCCGCGGGUCGUGAACCUCAUUACUUUGGCCCGUCCUCAGCCUUGUCCUUCUCCAGGAUUGUGAGUACGACCCUGAGACUGACAAAGAGCGGGGAUGAAGGCAACGCCCGGCUCGGCGUGGCGAGAGACCGGCUGGACGGCCGACGAAGUCCAACCGUCAGGCUUCCCCCAACUGAAGUCUCCGAAGGGCUAGUCAAGGCCUACUUCAAUAAUAUACACCCACAGUAUCCUUUCCUACAUAGACCAACUUUCAAUCACUGGCAAAAAGAGUGCACGGAGGCUCAGUUCCUUGGGGAGCUUGAUGAAUCCAAACACAUGUCCAUGUUCUUCACUCUCAUGAUUUACGCGAUUGGAUCCCUUGUCAUGCCCUCGGGCCAAAGAGAGAAGGCAGAGUCCUACUAUCACAUGGCGCUGGACUACAUCGCUCCGGUACUGGACCUUGAAACAUUCGAAUCCGUCCAAGCGAUUCUUUGCUGCGCUGUCUACUCCGUUCGCUCGCCUGUCGGAGUCAGCCUUUGGAAGAUUUCGGGUAUGGCCAUCCGUCAGUGCAUUGAGCUUGGGUACCAUCGAAACGUGGCCAAAUUUCGCAGGCACGCCGACCCCCUGACCGCUGAGAUCUCCAAGCGUAUCUUCUGGGUUGCCUAUGAUCUUGACCGCGCAGCUGGGCUGAUUCUAGGCCGUCCAUUCGGCAUCACUGAUAGCUCGGUGGAUGUGGAACUGCCUCUCGAUGUUGAUGACGAGAGCAUCACCCGGGAUGGCAUAUUGCAGAAUCCAAGAUCGGCCCCCGGCGACCCGCCAACGACGAUGACUGGGGCCUUGCAUAACAUCAGGCUUCGAAGGCUCUGGUCAAAGAUGGCCGAGUCUCUGUACCUGACGACAUCUCGUCGCGACGGAGGGGAGGCUGAUAUGCUCAUCGACACGCUACGUCAGGAGCUCGAGGAUUGGCGACUCUCCAUCCCAGACCAGCUCAUCUUAUCAGCAGACCCUCUCUCUGUCUUCGCAUCACGAGACUGGUUCCAGCUCGCGUAUGAGCAUUCGAUCCUUCUCCUAUACCGCCAUCACAUAAUCGGCGAACAGCAUGUUGCUAUUCAAAACCCGGCGGAGAGGCAGGAGAAGAUUGAUAGGAUAUUCGAGGAGUGCGCCUACUCAGCAAGACAGAUGUGCAUGCGCUACCGCCGGCUCUACCAGAGCUCAUCUAUUCAGUUCACAUGGGGAUCGCUGCACAUUCUAUUCCUCGCCGGACUUACGUACCUGUUCUGUCUCUGGAGGUGCCGCAGCGUACGAGCCAAGACCAGGCAGACCGAAGUCAUGAACACUUGCAUGGCGUGCACCAUGGUGCUCACCAUUACGGCCGAACGCUGGAGCUUUGCGACGCGAUACCGCGACAUCUUUGAGCUCCUGUCCGUCAAGACGAUCAGCAUGGUUUGUGGCGAGACUACAAUCACAUCUGGCGGGCUGCCCGGCGCCUCCCCCUUGUCGAAGCUGGCGCAAGUCAACGACCAGACUGGGUUCCAGGACUGGCUGACGGGCAUCAACGACUUCCCCGUACCCGAGGAGUCCGAGUGGCUCGUCGAAGAACUGCUUCACGGUAUCAGGGAAUUUGAUCAGGAUGCUUUGAUGGGGAUCAACGGGGAUGGAGGAAUGCCUUUUCUGGGAAUACCUAACGAGGGGACCGGCCUUUUCAUGGAUCCGCAGACGACGGGUGCUACAGAUCAGAUGUUUGCCCCAAUGGCACAACAGCCCCCUGACCAUGCGCUGCCAAAUGUGCAGCUGCCAGAUGCAGAUGGCUAA